AUGGAUUAUCUUGAGCAGGAAAAUCGGGUACUUCGUGAAGAAAUGACAGCCAUGCAGACUAGGAUGGACGAGAUGGCUGAAUUAAUAAAAACAAUGGCGGAAGCUCAGACUCAAGCUCAAGCACAGAUUCAAGCACAAGCGCAAGCAUUGGCACAAGCUCAAACUCAAGCUCAGACCCUAACAGAGGCGCAAGCCCGAUCACAAGCACCUCCACCCCCUCCUCCUGUCAGAACUCAGGCCGAGGCAUCUUCUUCUUGGACACUAUGUGCUGACACUCCAACGCAGUCCGCUCCGCAACGUUCCACGCCUUGGUUUCCACCUUUCACUGCUGGGGAGAUAUUUCGUCCUAUCACUUGUGAAGCUCAGAUGCCCACUCACCAGUACACGGCUCAAACACCCCUACCUGCCAUGAGGGUCACUCCAGCCACCAUGACCUACUCAGCACCUGUGAUACAUACAAUUCCGCAAACUGAAGAGCCUAUCUUUCAUUCAGGGAAUGCAGAGGCUUACGAAGAAGUAAGCGACCUACGAGCAAAGUAUGAUGAACUACGCCGAGACAUGAAAGCUCUCCAUGAAAAAGGGAAAUUCGGGAAGACUGCGUACGAUCUCUGUUUGGUACCAAGUGUGCAGGUACCUCACAAAUUCAAAAUUCCAGAUUUCGAGAAAUACAAAGGGAGUUCUUGUCCUGAGGAACAUCUAAAAAUGUAUGUGAGAAGGAUGCCUGCGUACGCCCAAGAUGAUCAGAUUCUUAUUUACUACUUCCAAGAAAGCUUGACCGGCCCUGCUUCAAAGUGGUACACAAACCUAGACAAAACAAGAGUUCAAACUUUCCGUGACCUUUGUGAAGCUUUUGUGGAACAGUACAGUUACAAUGUAGACAUGACUCCGGACCGAAGUGACCUCCAAGCCAUGACUCAGGGGGAUAAGGAAACGUUCAAAGAGUACGCCCAACGGUGGAGAGACACCGCUGCCCAAGUCAGCCCACGCAUUGAGGAGAAAGAGAUGACCAAGCUCUUCCUAAAAACUCUAAAUCAUUUUUACUACAAAAAGAUGGUCGGGAGUACACCAAAGAGCUUCGCAGAGAUGGUUGGUAUGGGAGUACAGUUAGAAGAAGGAGUCCGAGAAGGACGCUUAGUAAAGAAUACAACUCCUGCCAGUGGGACCAAGAAGACCGGGAACCAUUUCCCGAGGAAGAAAGAACAAGAAGUCGGUAUGGUGACUCAUGGAGGGCCUCAACAAACUUAUCCAGCCUACCAACACAUUGCUGCCAUCACACCCACCUCUCACCCUUUUCAACAAACAAAUAACCAUCCUCAAAUACCACAAUAUCCCCAAAUGCCACAAUAUCCUCAAAUACCACAAUAUCCUCAAAUACCACAAUAUCCUCAAUUCCCACAAAACCCUUCACCACAAAAUACCCAACAACAAAACAUCCAACAACAAAAUUUCCAACAACAACCAUACCAACAAUACCCAUACCAACAAUACCCACAACAAAAUUUCCAACAACAACCUUAUCAACAACGCCCACAACAACCUCGACCACCAAGAAUGCCGAUUAACCCAAUACCAGUCACCUAUGCAGAAUUACUUCCCGGCUUACUCAAGAAAAACCUUGUCCAAACUAGAACAGCUCCUCCUAUCCCAGAAAAACUACCAUCUUGGUAUAGACUUGACCAAACUUGUGACUUCCAUGAAGGGGGCCGUGGCCAUAACAUUGAAACUUGUUAUGCCUUUAAAAGCGCAGUACAGAGGUUGAUCAAUGAUGGAAAAAUAACUUUCACAGACUCGGCGCCAAAUGUUCAAACAAACCCAUUGCCGAAUCAUGGUGCCGCAACAGUCAACAUGAUCGAAAAUUGUCAAAAGACUCGUCCCAUUCUGAAUGUGCAACAUAUCAGAACACCUUUGGUCCCAUUACAUGCCAAGUUAUGCAAAGUCGACCUCUUUGAGCAUGAUCAUGACCUCUGUGAAAUAUGCCUUAUGAACUCCGGAGGAUGUCAGAAAGUAAGAAAUGAUAUUCAAGGGCUUCUAGACCGAGGAGAGCUUGUGGUCGAAAGGAAGAGUGAUGAUGUGUGUGUAAUAACUCCCGAAGGACCUUUGGAGGUAUUUUACGACAGUCGAAAGUCAACUAUCACCCCUCUGGUGAUCUGCUUACCGGGCCCACUGCCAUAUGCUUCUGAAAAAGCCAUUCCAUACAAAUACAAUGCCACCAUGAUUGAAGAGGGUCGUGAGGUUCCGAUACCGCCUUUAUCUAGUGUGGAUAAUAUUGUUGAAGACAGUAGAGUUCUGAGAAACGGGCGCGUUGUUCCCAUAGUGUUCCCAAAGAGGAUUGAUGCUACAACAAACAAGGAGCUUCGGACUAAAGAUGCUGAUGUCGCCAAAGAAGUGGAUCAACCCAAGAGGCUGGUACAAGUGCAGAGUUUGAUGAGAUUCUCAAGUUAA